CGUCUUCCUCGCGCAACAGUAACUGGCAACAGCCAACCAUAGACGGAGAGGUAUCACGAACGCCACGACAUCAUUUGCAGUUGCGCCACCCCGCAAUGAAGGUUGUCACGAAGUAUAAAAACAGCGUACCCAUCGAUAUGUCCUCUCAGUCGAUAUCCAAAUUGUGGGAAAAAAAGGAAUAAUCUAAUUGAUAUAUAUACAACUAUAAUUCGUUAUCAGAAAAAUCAACAUUUGAAAAGUAGCUUCUUGCUUUCGGAUAGUGAAAACACUAGGGGAUGAAAUAGAAGAGUGUAGAUUCGGCGUGGAAAAGCGCGCAUGAAGCGGGAAAUGUUCUCUGUGGCCCCGAAGCGACGACGCCACGUACUAGAUGGUAUAUUAUUGAUCAAUAAGAGAGGCUAACAUGGGUGACCCGUGCCGGCAGAGGCAGCUGUUACUUCCUCCGUAUUUUUACGCGACGCGCGUGUACCGCGAGAAACCGAUCUUCGGACAGUAUCUAAACAAGUUCUCGGCGUUUUCCCUGCGUGUUUGGGACAAAGUGGACUGUGUUCCUGGACAGGAAGUACCGACCGUACGUGAAACGUGCCAGCCUCAUACUCCUGUGGAAAUACACGAAUCGAAGGAGACAGAGGGAGUAACGGAAGAGUAACGGCCAGCCAGGAUAGCUGAAGAGGCACAAGAUAGGUCGCGGGGGUGAAAGGGGAAUAGGGUAGUGGGAGUGAACGGAGAGAGACAGACAGAGAAGGAGCGAACGAGUGGGAGAGCAACGGGAAGAAAGUGCGACAGAAGAGGAAUCGCAGAAACAGAGGGAGAAAGAGACGUGUGAGCGACAUGUGUCUGUGUUGAGAAUUCCAUCCACGAUAGUACGGCGGCCGAGGGUGCGCCGAGAGAGAAGAUCGGUAGCAUUCUCCUCUCCUAUAUCCGAUACUUUCUCGUCGCCUACACGGGACUAUCGAUGCAGACCUUACGGAAGAAAAACAGUCCGUGCAAGUGUGAGUAAAAAAAAAAAAAAAAAUAAGAAAAGAAAGGGAGAGAAAAAGAAAAUAAAAGCCACCCCCGUAAACGAAUUUACGCAAGUUUCUCGUGGAUACCACUAAACUCGUGCGGUAUUGACGUCGUCCUGUGUAUCUGGUGUAUACAUUGUGAUAUACGUAUCGGCGAGUUAUGUGGCCUCUGAUAGUCUCAGCCUGUUUCGUGGGAUCUUCGACGUUCUCUCAAGAACGAACCAACCCGAUUUCUUGGGGAGGGUGUGUCGUUCAAGGCGAAGCUGAUUGGCAUAUUGGAAGUAUCGGAAGCACGCGGGGACCGGAUGUGCCAAGCAGCUUUGGCGGAUCUGAAGAUGGCGAUUCGAGCUGCCGGUGAACACAAACAACGAAUCGCCGUUCAGGUCAGCAUCGAUGGAUUACGCUUGCGGGACGAGAAGUCUGGGGACUGUCUGUAUCACCAUCCUGUACAUAAGAUAUCUUUCAUCGCACAGGACAUGAGCGAUUCGAGGGCCUUUGGAUAUAUUUUUGGGUCACCAGACACGGGUCAUCGUUUCUUUGGCAUCAAGACAGAUAAAGCAGCAAGUCAAGUGGUAAUCGCGAUGCGAGACUUGUUUCAAGUGGUGUUCGAGUUAAAAAAGAAGGAGAUCGAGCUAACGAAGCAGCACUUAGAGCAGAACGCUAUAAACGUUAUUAAAUUUCAUACCACUGGCAUCUUUGUCGAACCUACCCCUGACACUAAAGGUGCAGCAGGAUCAGAGUCCUCUCUUCUUCGGGUAAGGAAUGCUAAUUCGGAGGCGGAUAAGUCAACUGAUAAACGAAACGAGCCUCAAAGUGGCGUUAUUAGGGAUUUAUUAGAUAUACAAUUCGAAUUGGACUCUCUGCAGCAAGGUAUCCAUCACAUGGACAAAAUUACUCCUGAAAAUCCACCACCUUCCGCUGACGAUCUCUUUGAAACCGAUCCAUUCGGUGAUUCUUUCGCGAAUAUGAAGCUCGAAGAUACUGUACGAGCAAUUCUACCACCACCACCAUCAUCCUCUAAAAGAGGCCACCUAGAGCGACAACAAACGGUUCCAGGCACCCAAUCGUCGAUCACGUCGAGUCCAGCGACCACUCUGACUAGCAAGACCCCUCCACUUCAAAGUACAAUUCAGUGGUUCGACAAAGAAACCGAGAAUCUCUUUAGUGACAGUGAGCUCACCAGCUCGGCUAAAAAUACGCCGGUUAAAAAGGAAGUGGAAGAGACCCAAGCCAAGAGCCCACAAAUAGACGUGUUCACGGAGUUGGACCCACUAGGAACCGGUUUAAUAAAACCUUACGUAGACAAGAAGGACUUCUUCCAGCACCUGAAGAAUCCUCCCAAGAAAGUGUUAAAAGAUUUAGUGUCUACUAAUUCGGCAGACACGUUCCCAACGAACUUUAACGUUCUCUCAGAACCCAUAGAGUCAGUGAAACCACGAAACGACAUAGUUCCCAAAGAAAAUCAAUUCGAGGACACAAACUUUGCGAAUUUCGAUCGAUUCGACGAAAACGAGGCGAUUCAAUCAGUUUUCACGCGCAGUGAUUCGUCCAGAAAAUCGGAUAUGACGCCUAGAACGACUCAUCAUCAACCUCUUUCUGUGUCUUUGCCUCCUGAAGACUCUUCUACCUCGAAAUCCUCUGCAAUCUCGACUAUUCCCACUUCCGUAGGCGUUUCUCUGCUCGGUAGAAUAGACAAAGACUCCACAGAAUCUACGCAUGGCUUGGUAAAGCUUCCCAGUCCCAUAAAAACUACGCGCCAGAAAGAAUUUGAUAUUGAUAUCACCGGCAGCAAAGUACCAUCUGUGGACAAACCGUUCCCAGUAGAUUUCUCGACAGUCAGCGAUUCACCAGCAUCUCCACUAAAGUCUUGUCCCUCCGAUGCCAAUUCCAGACUAUCCACUUCGUCCGCGGAACUGGAACUCGUACCUGAACCUCCUCCUCGAGGAAUCGCUAACAUUUUAAUCAACCCUCCUCCUCUGCCACCGAAGAAGCAGGGCGUCAGGGGUGUUGUAAAGCCUCCUCCAAGGCCGCCGCACACAGAUACAUAUUUCCACUACGAUUUCCCUGAAAGGGAGCCCGUGGCGACAAGCGACAGGAAUAUGAGUCCGUCGAGGGACGCGAAGAGUCAGUCAGAUGACAAUUUCAGUCCGCCCGUUCAGUUGUCUAGCAAAUCGGAUUUGAUAAGCGUGAUGACCACGUCGGCGUUCGAGGACUCGUUUAGUUCUAUGGUACCCACCACGAAUUUGUCCUCGUUUUUCACUUCCACUUCCAGUUCGACGACUGGACCCAAAAAGACGAAACCUUCGUUGGAUAUCACUCUAAGCCAAUUAACGUCUGCCAAUUUAGAUGAAUUGGCGAGCAGUUUAGGGAUGACUGUAAAGGAGUUGACUAGUCUAACUCUUCAGCAGUUGACUGAGUGCUUGGCCACUCUCUCAGCCAAGGAAGCUGCUGCCAGCGAUAGCGAGGAACCAGUUCCUAUAAAGCAAGAGCAAGUCAGUGCUGUGCAAGCACAACCCGUAUCUAGCAUGGUGCAACCGAAGCCGUUCAACGAGCCACAGCUUUUUACUAAAACGAACAUCGACCAGGAGACCAAGCAGGAUGCUACUUACGAUAAGUACGCUGUUUUUAGAGAACUGUUAGAGCUGGAACAGAUGGAGAAGAACGAAGAGAACGUCAUGAAAGAAUUCGCGGAGGAAGAGGAAGUGACGAAAGAGGAGUUUGAAUUAGUUAGUCAGCAUCAAGAAACUAGCGAAGAGAUCAGAUCAGAAACUUUGGCUACUCUGGUGAAUCUAACGGUGAAACUUCCGCCUAGUAACGAGGAUCUGACUAAGGAAGAACAAAUUGAGGCAAAGUCUGAAGACACGACUGAACUUUCUUCGAGUUUGACAUUUGAAAAGAUUCAGUCAAUUGAACUAGAAAGUAAAACAGAACCAGUGACAGAGCCUGAAGUACCGACAGAUUUAUUGACGAAACAAGAAGAAGAGGAAUCUGACAAAACGAAAGCUAUAAUCGACAUUGAGGAGAGAACAGAAGAACCCGAGCCUAUUGACAAACCUAGCGAAUCCAACGAGGAUUCUGAUAAACCAGAAACAAAAGAAACAACUACAGAAGAGGGUAAUGGGCCCUUGGUUGAAGUAAAUAAAGUUGAGGUAAAGUCUUCUGUAUCUAUUUCCAGCGACAAAUACGCGGCUUUACGUGAGAUUAUAGGCGAACCAGAACCACCAGUCAAACAACUUGACGAAGACACACCGAAUUCCACUAGAAUGUCACCUGUGAUUCAAUUAUCGACCCAGCAAAAGACUUCAGCCGAAGUGGAGUUGCUAAAUCUAUUUUCUGACACGCCCCCACCUUCCAGUCCUAAAAAGCAGUCUAAAAAUGAAGAAGACUCGAGUUCUAUGGGGAUGGAUAUUUUUGAAGAGAUUAAAAUGUUAAGCAGCAGUGGACACGCACCAAAAACCAAGUCUCUAAUUCCUGAAGACAUCUUCUGCCCAUUUACAGAAUUAAAACCAGAAAGAGACGAAAGUAAAGACGAUAGCAGCUGGACGAAGUUCGAUACAGGUCUCUUCGUUUCAGAUAGACCCCCUUCUGACUGUCCUCCUUCGAUUAGUAGAACUUCGCCGUGGUCUCCUGAUGGAAAAGAGUUCCAGAGAGAAGCGUCUUUCAAAGGAAGCAUGUACCAACAAUCAGGCGACAGUGAUAAUGAGUGGAAAGACGAGGAAGAGAGCGAAGAGAGCAAUGGAAGGGUACGAGAUGGCAGAUUUAGAUGUAGCCACUAUCCAAGAUUCGAUGCUCCUUUCGGCGAUAGGAGCUUCUACGAGGAAACAGGUGGUCCGGGGGGCAAACGAGACAGAGGCUUCCGGGAUAAGAUGAUGGAGAAGCCUCGCGAUUCUGCGUGGAUCAAAAAUUCUGGACACAGGCCUCGUGACUCUUCUCCGUGGCACGAUGAGAGUCAAUGGGAGAAAGAGCCCAAGCAUUAUCCUCAUAGAAAGAUGCAGUAUAAGGACGAAGAAGAACACUAUGAGGGUCAUUGGAAAUGCAGAUCGAAGCCUCAACGUUGGAAUUGGCCACACGAGCAUGGACCCUUUUAUGACGAGGAAAGAAAAAGGAAAAUGAUGCUGUGGAAGGAAGAUAGGUUUGGCAGCCAAGAAAGUAUGGGAUACGACGAUGACGAUAGGUGGUCCAGAAGGAAAUAUGAGAGAAGACGAUGGGAUGAGGAUGCCAGAUUUUGGAGUAGGAGAUCAACGGGUCCACCAGAUUCUGACUAUCCUAGUAGAGAAAGCUACUAUUACUAUAGAGAAAGCAGGGAACGACCACACGAUUAUCCUUCAGCUUGGAACGAAGACUAUGGCUCCGAUAGACCAGGAGACGAUUCCCCAAGGUAUAAUCAAUCAGGUAGAAAGCGACACUGGCCGAAGAGGCCAAAUAGUGCAAACGAGGGACGCAAUACUGACAUGGUCUACCCUGAAUCCCGAGGAAAAUUCGGCACCUCCAGGUCCGAGUGCAAUGAUAAUGACUCUGAUCCAUAUGUAAGAUCUUCGCAACGUUCCAGGAGUCGUCAAAGUUAUUGGGGUAGCGAUCAGGAGUAUGACAGCUGGGCGGAUAGACCUUAUUGGUCCGAGGAACUAGAUACCAAGAGUGAGAGUCUUCAUCGAAAGAGAAUACCCAGGCACAAACCUCGCCAGCCUCACACAAAGACCCAAAGUCCAUUUGAGGAUGAUUUUGCCCAAACUGUAGAACACGUGGACCCCACUACCGUGGAAUCUCUGGCUACAGCGGAGCCACGAAUUCGUUCUGAAGGCAGUGAACGGAAACCAUCACCACAGAGUCCUUCGUUUACGACGAGGUAUCCGAAGGCUCCCAGGAGAGCGAUGGGUAUGGACGAGGUCUACAGCAAAAGAUCUAGUUACUUCGAAGAUGAUUUACCCUUCGCGGCUACUGGCAUGGGCGAUUCGCCCGAUAGACAAAGGCUUCCUUCUGACCAAAAAGCCAAAACGCCUGAAGAACUUCCUUGUGAAUCCAAAGAUGCUCAUCAGACGACUGAUGAUUUUGUAUCAGGGGACGGCAGCCGUGAUUCUUUCUUCAAUGGGCACUUGAGAUACGACGACGAUGCGUUCGCUUUUAAGUCAGAAAUGGAAGACAACGUCUCUGAACAUAGAGCGACCACUUUACCUUUGAAGAAUCAUGGUCGACAAGGAAAGUACUCUGCUGGAAGUAAUAAUAAUAAUAAUAACAAUAAGUCGAGGAACGAUCAGCAUAUUAGGAAGUCAGAAUCGGUGAAUAUAUUUGUCAGGGAGAACGAUCCGUUCGGGGAUGACGAUUUCUUCGAUUGAUGGGUCGUUAGAGAGGUGUUUUACCUUAAUAAGCACGGUGCUGGACAUUUCGAUGAGGUUUCAUGCGUCAGUUCCGGGUUUUCGGAGAUGGUGCCGGGGUGAUUCGACGAGGUGCGUUUACUUUAUCUGUACAAGAACGUACCGGGCUUUGAGCUGUCAUUGCUCUAUUUAGUCCUCGAGUUAGAGGUGGACUGUUAUCGCGUACCAUCUAUGUUUUUUUUUUCGGUUGGGUUUAGACUAUCAUGGAGGCAGUAAGCGUUGGUUGAUGAAGAUUAUUAAGCGAUAAUAGGACUUAAAUAUGGCGUUCCGUUGUUUAAAAUUGUGGAAAGCUUAGUAAAGGUUGAAUUCGAGUACUCGUUAGUAAAUGAUUUUUGCAUUUACCUUUUUUCAUUUUUUGGAUAUUUAUAUCUUAGAAAGAUUAAGAGAAAAUUAUUUUAGGUUUCAAUUGAGAAAUUUUUUGUAACUCUAAUCGAUUGUAGAUGAUAAUAGGGAUCACGUGUGUUAGUCAAUGACAUUGAAUAAAUUCUACUCUAUUUAUUAAUUUCUAAUCCCAUACUAAAAAGAAGUGCCGGAUCAAGAGAUGACCCAGCUAGCAACUUAACAUGAUACCUCUUUUUCUUUAUUGCAUCAACAAUAAAACAUACAUUCAUACAAAAAUAAAAAAUACAUUCCAAGUAAAAAUAUUUCUAUCACGUCGUAUCCAUCCAGAAAGUUUCUAAAUGCGUAUAAAGAAAAUUUAUUUCUUAGAAUUCCAAAAUCGUAUCCUUCGACUUUGAAGUUCAAAUUCGUU